UCAGAGGAUAGAAGAAUACCAUGGUAAUUGGUAUUUCGCAUUUUUCCUUUGAAAAAGAAAAGAUUAAAGCCUGUCUGUUGCAGUCACAGAUUUCGGUUUUUGUCCCAGAAGGGCAGAGAAAGGGCCUAGACGUGGAAUGAUGGGUCCGGGAAGAAACGACGCCGUUGGGUCUGGCGGAGAGGAGGCCGGUCCGAGCAGCUCGGAGCCAGCAAUUCCACGGCGGUUCCCUCUGGCAGCUCAACCGGAGAUCAUGAGAGCCGCCGAGAAGGACGACCAGUACGCUUCCUUCGUCUACGACGCCUGUCGCGACGCUUUUCGCCAUCUCUUCGGUACAAGAAUUGCCGUCGCAUACCAAAGUGAGACGAAACUUCUUGGACAAAUGCUUUAUUAUGUAUUGACAACUGGUUCAGGGCAGCAAACUUUGGGAGAAGAGUACUGUGAUAUCACCCAGGUUGCAGGACCUUAUAAGCUUCCUCCAACCCCGGCGAGGCGUGCUCUUUUCGUUGUUUAUCAGACGGCGGUUCCUUAUAUUGCGGAGCGAAUUAGCUCAAGAGUUGCUUCCCGUGGCAUUGUCCUUGCUGAUUCGCAGUCCGAUGACGUAUUUGGAGAUGAUGCUUUUGGAAGCAAUCGUGUUAAUUCUUCGGUGGUGAUGGAGAGUCCAACUACAUCUGCAUCAGAGCAACCUGUUUCAGCUAUGACAAGGUUGAAACAGAAAAUCAAUAGAUUGUGGGUCUAUGCAGUUCAGAGAUGGCCUGCGGUGCUUCCUGUAGCUCGCGAAUUUUUGCAAUUAGUUAUUCGUGCAAACCUCAUGUUCUUUUACUUUGAAGGCCUCUAUUAUCAUAUAUCAAAACGUGCAGCUGGCAUUCGUUAUGUCUUUAUUGGGAAGCCAUCAAAUCAAAGGCCUAGAUACCAAAUUCUGGGAGUAUUUUUACUUAUUCAGCUAUGUAUCAUUGCUGCUGAAGGACUCCGGCGAAGCAAUUUAUCCUCAAUAGCACGUUCAGUUCAUCAGACAUCCUUGGGUCCCCACCAAGCUUCAACAGGGGGAGGAUUGCCUGUUAUAAAUGAGGAAGGUAACUUGGUUUCAACAGACACUGGCAGUUUGGUGUAUGAUGCAUCGUCAUCUUCAGAGUCCAUUAGCAAAUGCACGCUCUGUCUGAGUAAUCGUCAGAAUCCGACAGCCACGCCUUGUGGCCAUGUAUUCUGCUGGAGUUGCAUUAUGGAAUGGUGCAAUGAAAAGCCGGAAUGUCCUCUGUGCCGAACCCCGAUAACUCAUUCAAGCCUGGUUUGCCUGUAUCAUUCAGACUUCUAGCACUUCAAUCUGUCAGGUGCAGCUGCCUCUCAACAGAGAGGAUGAUAAAGAAUUGGAGCUUAGAAACUUAUACAAUUGUUCAAUCAUGAAAAGGAUUUGAGAUUUUUAUUUUUUAUUUAUUUU